AUGGAUUGCAAAGCGCUGUCAGCGCUGCGCCGCGCCGCGCAUGCGCCGUCAACGUGGAUCGAUGAAGACGAUUCCCCGCUCAGUGAUCGCGCGCCCUCCGCCGAGUCCAGAGCACAAUGCGUUCGAAUUGAGGCGGGAAACACGUCAAACUGUAUCUCCGCGAGUACGCCGGCGAAGACGAGCGGCCGCCGUGCCGUGACGAAUGGCCGCGAUGACGAGCCCUCGCCGGCGCCGGACGAGCGCGGCCGCUCCGCCUCGGCCGGGGCGCACCACCGCGCUCGGCCGAGGCCCCUCCGCUACCAGUCCCUGGAGCGCGACUAUGACCGCUCCUACGCUCCGCCCCCGCCGCCGGAGGACGACUACUACCGUCGGGAGCCACCACCGCUCUUCCUCGGCGAGCUCCAGUCGCAGAAUUCGGAUCUGCAACGGGAGCUGGGCAACUUGAAGAAGGAACUGGAGUUGACCAAUCAGAAGCUCGGGUCCAGUAUGCACAGCAUCAAGACGUUCUGGAGCCCGGAGCUGAAGAAGGAGCGAGCGCUGCGGAAGGAGGAGAGCGCGAAGUACAGCCUCAUUAACGACCAACUUAAAUUGCUCAACCAGGAGAAUCAGAAACAAGCAAUGCUUGUACGCCAACUGGAGGAAGAACUUCGACUGCGCCUUCGGCAACCUGCGCCCGAGUUGCAACAGCAGUUGGAAGCAUUGUUCUCCGAGAACGAACAUCUGCAGAGGGAGAUAGCGAUAUUGAGGGAUACUAUAAAGGAACUGGAACUACGAAUCGAAACUCAAAAACAGACAUUACAAGCUCGAGAUGAAAGCAUUAAGAAAUUACUGGAAAUGCUACAGAACAAGGGAAUGGGUAAGGAGGAAGAAAGGCAAAUGUUCCAACAGAUGCAGGCGAUGGCUCAGAAGCAGGAGCUCAAGGCGACGGCGGACACGCUGAGGGCACUGCAGGGACAGCUGGAGCGCGCGCUGGCGGCCGCCGGGCUGCCGGGCGGCUCCGCGGGCGCCACGCUCACCGCCGUGCUGGAAACCAAGGAGGCGCGCAUCGCCACGCUGGAACGUCAGCUGGCGCUGCUCGAGAGCGAGCUCGCCGCUUUCGCCUCGCCCCUGCCCUCCCUAGCGCCCUCGCACGCCUCGCUAUACGAUAAGGCCGAACCUCCCUUCAAGCGACAACUGGAUGAGUUUCGUCUGGAGAUUCAGAGGCGAGAUCAGGAGAUAUUGGCGAUGGCGGCAAAGAUGAAGGCUUUGGAGGAGCAGCAUCAGGACUACCAGAGGCAUAUAGCCGUUCUUAAAGAGUCGCUCUGCGCUAAGGAGGAACAUUACAGCAUGCUUCAGACGGACGUGGAAGAACUAAAGGCUCGUUUAGAGGAGAAGAGCAGACAAGUAGAAAAGAAGACAGCAUCAGCUCUGGCAGCUGCGCAUGAGCUGGCUGAGCUACGAGAUCACUCCGAAAUUAAGGAUAGAAAGAUUAACGUGCUGCAGAGAAAGAUUGAGAAUCUCGAGGACUUACUUAAAGAGAAGGACAACCAAGUGGAUAUGGCCCGAGCUAGAUUAAACGCAAUGCAAGCCCACCAUUGCUCUUCAGAAGGAGCUCUAUCUUCUCUAGAAGAAGUGAUAGGAGAUAAAGAAAAGCAGAUCCAACAGCUAAGAGAACAAAGAGAUAGAGCAGAGCAUGAAAAGAACGAAGAAAGAGAGCUCCACGAGAGGGAAAUAGCCGAUUACAAGAUGAAGUUACACGCACUAGAGAGUGAGGUUGAGAAACUUGGUGCGCGACUCGAAAGGGCACAAGCGGAGAAGGAUAGACUUGAAGCUAAACUCGAAAGCUCACAAUCCGAACUGGGUAAAUCUAAAGCUGAGUUGGAUAAGGCAGCAAGUGAGGUGGGUAGAUCUGGUGCUGACUGGGAAGCGGCGAAGCAGCGCCUCGCUCGCUUAGAAUUAGAGAACGAAAGACUCAAACACGAACUGGAAAGGUCACAGACCACCUUCGGCAGGAGCACGUUGACCACAUCGCAAGAGCUUGAUAGAGUGCAGGAGAAGGCAGAUAAGUCGGCUGCGGAAUUGAGAAGAACUCAAGCUGAGUUGAGAGUGACCCAGGCAGAUGCAGAACGGUCCAGGGUUGAGGCUAGUGCCCUGCAGGAGAAGUUGGAAAAAUCACAAGGGGAGGUGUAUCGUCUUAAAGCUAAACUCGAAAAUGCACAAACAGAGCAGGAUAGUCUGAAGGAGGAAUAUGAUCGCGUACAGUCGUCGGUCAGUCGACUCCAUUCAGAAAGGGACAAGGCAAUAGCUGAACUGGACAAAGCCAGAGAGGAGCUAGAAAGGACACAAGCCACCCUGGGCAAGGCUCAGCUGCAACAAGACAAGUUACAGGCCUCUCUGGACGCUGCUCACUCAGAGAUCGAUAAGCUGCAAGAGAAAUUGGACAAGUCUGCUGUUGAAGUUCGGAAGUUACAAGUCGAUCGCGAAAAGUCCGCCUACGACUUCGAGUCACUGCAGUCGCAACUUGACAAGGCCCUGGGCCAAGCAGCUCGUCUGCAGAAGGAGAGAGACACAGCUCAGCUAGACGCAGAUAGAUUCCGGGAUAAGCACGAGAAGUCACAAGGUCUAAUUACACGCGUCCAAAAAGAACGUGAUUCAGCACUAGCUGAAGCAGCGAGCUGUCGUGAGAGGGCUGAAGCAGCAGCAGCAGCAGCUAACCGAGCGGCCAGAGACAGGGAUAGUGCAGCAACUGAAUUGGAUGUCCUCCGGGAGCGAUGGGAGAAAGCACACCAACAGCAUCAAAAGCUAACCAUGGAAAAAGACGACGCCCUCACAGAAUUGGAAAUAUUGAAAGAGAAAUUAGACAAAGCUUUGUACACCACACAAAAAACCGUAGAAGAAAAAGAUUCUGCGCACAAAGAAUAUGAAAAAAUGCUUGAGAAGUAUGAUAGAUCUCAGAAUGAAAUUUAUAGACUUCAAAACAAGAUAGACAUUCUUGAAGCAGACAAAGAUCGUGUGGAACUAGAGUUAGAGAAGCAAGUCCAUUUAUCCGCAAAGGCUAGAGAUGAUCUCAGGAAACUGCAAGAUGAAUCAGCGCGAUUACAGGAAAUGUACGAUAGGGCUUCUUUACAAUUAGGCAGAACCAAAGAACAAGAAGAGAAAGCCAAAGAAGACAUGGAUAGACUUUGUGUUGAUAUCGAAAUGGUACGAGAUAGAUAUGAAAAGAGUCAGAUUGAGCUGCGAAGAUUACAAGGGGAAAAAGAAAAACUGAUUGCCGACGGUGAACGCUUGCAAUUCGAAUAUGACAGAGCAAUGACACAAUGUGGCAAAGCACAAGCGUCCAAUGAAAAGACACAAGAAGAAAUGGCAAGAGUGCAAAUUGAACUCGAAAAGAUGUACGACAAACACGACAAGGUGUCAGCGGAGUUAAGGAGAGUUCAAGCUGAACUGGAUAAAGUCAAAACUGAUGCGUCUGGUGCACGUGAAGAAGCAGAACGGUAUGCAGCACGUUAUGGAAAGUAUCAUGACACAAAAGAAGAACAUGAGAGGACAAAACUAGAAGUAGAACGACUGCGCACACGAUUAGAGAAGACCACGCUUGAGCUGGAGCGAGCGCGUAAGGCUGAGGAGGAGGCUACCCGUCUACGUUCUGAGCUAGAACGCGUCGAAGGUAUCCGAGGUAAAUACCAAUUCGAACAGGAUAAAUGGAGUACUGAAGUUAGUCGACUGCAAACGGAGUUAGAUAAACAUCGGGAACGAUUUGAGUCUUCUCAAACCGAAAUACAACGUUUACAGUCGGAGAAAGAGCAAGCGGAAACCAAAUUCCACGAAGUCAAUAUACAGUUGGAACUGUCUAAGAACGAGGUCACCAAGCUAUCAGCUGCGAUGGAGAAACAGAGGGCAGAUCUAGAACGAGCUCACAUCGAGUGUGAGAAGUUUAGGGACAGAUGUGAGAAGUUGAAACUGCGUUCGGAUCAAUUAGAAAAGGACAACGAAAGACUGAAGGGCGAAUUGACACAGAUAGAGAGAAUGAAGUUACAGGCCGUGGCUGGAGACAAAGCCAGGACGGAGGAUAGAUUGGAAAUCGAACGACUAAGAGACAAAUUAGAAAAAGCCAUCCAAGCAAGAGACGCUACGGAAAUGGAAGCGGGUCGCUUGGCAAAGGAACUUGAAAAGUCACAAAUGCAUUUGGCCAAAUACCAGGAGACGAAUGAAACUACGCGCGUAGAAUACGACAGAAUGACAAACGAAUUGGGACGAAUGCACGAACGCUUGGAGAGAACAAUAUUAGAGAUGCGUCAAAUAGAACAAGAGAGAGAUGCGCUCAGAGCAGAGAUACAGAAUACAAGACGCAACAUAGAACAACAACAACGUACAUUAGAUCACCGCACACAAGAAACUUUAGUCAAGUUACAACAAGAACUCGCCCAAUCGGUGAGAGAUAGAGAAAAGAUGGCCUCUAUUCUAGAGCAACGCGAUAAACAAGCCGAUGCUAUAGAGAAACAAAUCGUCAAGUUGGAAGCAGAUACGAAACAAUUGACGAUCGAACGCGAUCAGCUAGUCGCACAACUAGAAAAGUCACAGGACAUGCUUGUAAACUUCCAAAGAGAGUUGAACUCUUCAGAAACAGAGCUUCAGAAGCAACGAGAAGAAGUGAGACGGUUGAAGGAGGAGCAAAGGAAAAUCACACAAGAUUCCGAACGCGGUGCAAAAUCUGUCAUCGAGAAUCGCGACAGAGAGAUCGCAAAAUUGCAACAGCAGGUUCAAACUGUUUCCAAAGAAAAGGACUCUUUCAGACAGCGCGCGGAAAGGGCUGAGCAGGAGGCGAAGAAAGUCGCCGAAAUGGAUAAAUGGAAGGCAGCCGUCGAAGCGGAAAAGACAAAGGCUAUCGCGGCGGAGAGAGCGCUGUCGGAAUGCCAGCAGCGGUUAAACUCAUUAGAGAAACAAUUCCAGGCUCAGCAACAGCAAUUGCAGCAGCUUCAAGCUCGAGGACCGUCCGACGUGCGUGAAGUUCAGAAGCAGCUUGAGGCGGCCCAAGCCGAAGCCAGAUCGCUCGCUGUGGAGAGGGAACGUUGCCAGUCGCAGCUCGAGAUGCUAGUUCAAGAAUUGGAGAAGAGCCAGCUCGAUCUCCGAGAAGCGAACAAGAAACUCCAACAAGCUGGUCAGAGCGCCAAAGCUGGGGACGAUACGGCUCAGGCUAGACGACAAUUGCAAGAAGAAUUCAAGAAGUUGGAAGACGCGAGGAAACAGUUCGAAGACAACAGGAGAGCGGUGGAGAAUAGACGGAAAGACGUGGAGGAGAAGGAGAAAUCGCUGACAGAGUUAGAUCGACAGUUGAAGAAGAGAAAAGAACAAAUGGACCAAAUGGAAGCAUCUUUGAGGAAGGCUGGUGGAAGCACAGCAGCGGUGACAGAAAUGAAUCGCAAGCUCACAGACACGGCUAAGGAGGCUGACGACCUGAAGAAACAGUUGAGUUCGAGCCAAGAGGAGUCGAAGCGACUGGCGGCUGAGACCGAGAGGCUUCUGCAGCUGGUGCAGAUGUCGCAGGAGGAACAGGCGCAGAAAGAGAAGCAGAUAAUGGAUUUGCAGCAGUCUGUGAGAAAUCUUCAAGCCAAACUAAAAAGUCAGCAGCAAGCACAAGCACAAAGAGAAGAGGAUUUAACGCGAGCGAGGCAGAGCGAGAUAGCUGCGAUCGGUGAUCUGACGGACACGUUGAAAGAGAGAGACAGGCUUAAGAGCAAAUUGGAGGAGAACAAAAUGAGAAUUAUUGACUUGGAAAUUGAGUUGAACGAGUCGUCGCUCAUAUUGUCAGAAAUACUGAAGAUAUCUGAUAGCCGGGAGCUAAGUAAUAUCAAAAAAAGUAAGAGCUUUUUUGAACUGCAGAAGAGUGAUAAGGUAGUGGAUAGGCUAGACAAAUGCAAGUUGAGUAGAAGCUUCAACGAUUUACUGAAUAUGGGAGACAAAACACAGGUGAACGUCCAGAAGCUAACUCGCAAAAUAGCCGAUCUAACGAAGGAAAUCGAGAUAAAGAACUCGAAGAUAAUAGAACAGCAGCGAAGUAUAUCGAUUCUUGAGGACGCUCUGAGAGAGAAUAAUAAUAUAGCUGAGUUUGAACAAUUACUAGCAGUUGUUAGAAGUAAAGACGAACGUAUAGAUGAAUUGGAAGAUAUUUUGAACAACAAAUCAUGCGUUGAACGGAAAGCGUAUCGGGAUAAACGGAUAUUGGAGCUGGAGGAAGCGCUGAAGGAGUCGUUUUUGGUUGCCGCGGAGAGAGAGAAGGUUUUCUAUGAAGAGGAGAAAAGGAGGAUUGAGGCAAUUACAAAGAUGAAUAAAAUGGAACAAAGGCUGAAAUCUCUGCAAAACGCGUCAGUACUGAACUGCGAAACAUGUUCGUCUGUGUUAAAACGGCUAAAACUUUUAGAAGGAACUUUGCAGAGUUACAAAGAACAGCGCGAAGCAAUACUGCGCCAUCUAUCGCAAGUCGUCCAAGAUAUUAUAGAAAAAGGAGUUAGUGAGAAGGAUACGCGAAUUGCAGAACUCGAAAUACAAGGGGUUUUAGACGAAAAUGAAACAAGAUUAUGUGACGUUUUGAAGGCAGAAAGAGAUAAAAUGCUGACUAGGUUAAAAGUAGAGAAUGAAAAGUUACUAGAAUUUGAGAAUGUUAGAAGCGAGUGCCUGCCAAUGGAGACCUCGCUGCCGAUUCUCGCUGAUGAAAUGAUAGCUGUUCUAGAAGACAACCAAUCUCUCGUUUGGGAGGAGGACAUCCCCGCCACUGUGCUGUGA